AUGGUAUCUGAAGAGGUUUUCACCUUCCCCGAGCCUGCAGAUGAUGCUCUGCAGCACCCAUCGACCUCCCCAAGGUCGCCGCCUGCAUUCGACCGCCACCCAGGCUCUAGGUCUCAAGAUCGGCAUCAGGCCUCUCCAGGCCACUCUUUACCAAUGGACAAGUCGGAAAAAAUGGUGAUGCCAAAGAACUCGGAGGAGUCGCCGCCCAUGCUUAUUGACCUUUCACAAGGAGACUCCAGCACGUCACAUCAUUCCCUCCAGGUUGACCAUUAUUCUAACUAAGGAUGAGAGCUCACCCUUCGUAAUCGACGGGUACCACUGUCACCAGAUCAUAACUGUUGUUUGUUGGUGGAGGAAGUUAGGUUUUCGGUGUUAAGGUGUAUGGGGACGUUUCCGAUGGUCAGAUUGCUUGUAUUGAUCAUGUUGUUGGAUAGGCAACAGUCACUGUGGAUAACCAACCUACCCGGACCUCGAUCAGUUAGGUCAGACCCAGGAGUAGAGUUGUAGUAGAUGGCGAAACGAAUUAGGUGAUGUUUGUGACCAGCGUGCAGAUCUCGCGGAUAAUCCUCCGAACGCGUCUUUUAUUCCCACGUUUGAGCGACAAGCUCAGCAGGCGGUAGGGGGGCCGGUAUGAUCCACUCUUUGUUCCAGGCAGUUCUGUGCGCUGAGCUCACUGACUACUGGGAUAUGGGAAGAGAGUGAGAUCGACUUAGCUCGGAUCAACAGUCUUGAAAUUUACAAGACGGUCAGACGUGAUUAUGUAGCCGCACCUAAGGUAAGCAAACCCCAGGCGCCUGUAAUACGGGACCGGUGGUAAUAGGGGUGUUUUAAUGUGCAGCCGGGGAACGCACAGGCGACGCGGUUAAGUAAUUGUAUGCAAAAGAAAGGCUAUUGGGAGUGCGCGGUUGUACUUUGAGCGGUUAAGAAAUAUUUCCCUAACCCUACCUCCUGCCUCUAAUCCCUAACCCUUACCCCUAUUUCUAACCCCUAACAGAGUUGUGUCCAUCAGGCGUGGAUGCAUAACCAUAUCUUAUUUACAAGACGCUUUGAAGACCGUGGUUUGGAAGGCUGUCAACAACGGACUGGUUUCGUUCUCCCUUGGGACGAGGGUCAAGUUGCGUUGGCUGCAUUUUAUGACACCCACUUCAGUGACAUCUGAGCACUCCUUAUAAAAGUCUGGCUCGCAUAUAGUUAGGAACCAGAACGAGUGUGACAGGCGUAGGCGGACUGUUCACUGGUUCCGACCAUUCCACCCACGUUCAUCUCUUGACACCUCGAAGUUGUCUCUCCAUCGGAGCACUGUGCAUAUGAGAAUAAGUAGCGAGGUACUUGCGGCACAACUUCGCUUCGCUCCAAACAAGCUCACACGGAAAACGCCGCCGCGUCCAUCCUCUGCGAAGUUGACAGACCUUGUCUCUUGUGGUGGUUGAAAUGUCGGUUAGAAGUCGCGUACCUACUCAGGUUGGGGCAUUAGCAAUGAUCGCCACCGUCAUGACCUUUUUUAUUUAUUACCGUUAGAGUAUAUUACUUAGGAGGCUUAUCUUCCAGUCGGUUUUGUCAGCGUGUUAUUCGUUUCACAUACAAAAAAUCUUUUUUCUGGCGAUCUUCCCGGUCACUUCUUAUUUUUCAUCUUUUGGUCAGCACACAUACUCCGUAAUACGUCUUCUCUUGUAGACAACCGCCAAGUUACCACGACCGCCAUCCGUUGAACUGCUGGCCACCACACCAUCUUCAACACAAACCAUGACAACCGAUCUGUUUGCUGACUUUAAUGGCUUCGCCGCUGACACCCCUGCUCCUGCCAAGACUUAUCCCAACGUGGGAUCGUCCAUCUUUUCCAGCCCCACACCGUGAGUCUUGAUCUUUCAGUAUUGUUCUAUUUUUAUGUCGCAACUGCAGGCUAUGGGGUCCAUUGAAGACCCUAUAAAACAACUGGCGUCUGUGGUUACAGUCUUUGACGUCUCCGGUGAUGCUGUGCAAGUUUGACUCACAGAUGCCGAAACUACCGUUUUUUUCUUUAUUCGGAGCAUCCAAGCUUCCCAUAUGUACGUGCAAUAGGUGGAACUUAGGGUGUAAACCUUUCGGUCUGGAACACCAGAAUCCCGACCUGCUUGAUCGAUUUGCAGAAGAGUUUGACUCUGUUGACGAACAUUUAUGCAACCUCUGUCUCCGCCCCACCACCAAUUGUGCUCUACUAGCGGGCAAGGUCAAGGUGACCGAAGAGAAGCAUGCGAGUGAGAGCCUAUCGUGUAUUCACACGACGGUAUUGCGCACACGCAACCAUCCUUUGGGUGUUUAUUUCGAGGGUCGUUUUGCCUGAGAUGGCAGCAGGUUUUUAAAUUUUACCUCUUUUUAAGUAAAGUAAAAGUUGUGGUUAUUCACGACAAAAAUGGCCUGGUUGACUCUUUUACUGGUGAAUUGCAGACAGUAAUUAAAAUCUUACCACAGCGAACCGUAAUUUCAAGCACUUGCAGAUGAUUUAUUAGGUAAGAUAUUUGACAAUGUAUGCGAACCUCCAUAAGAAUUUAGUUUGGUAGCCAUGCAGAAGUUCCUAUGACCAAAUAUCCAAAACAGGGUAGUCUACCAACGCACAAGAAACGAAUGUCACUUAUGCCGUUUUUUAUCGCGUGAGUUGCCGUAAAACCGAAUUGAGGAGGAAUGCUAAUCGUCCCGAGGACGGAGUUAUCCUGCCAGUUGGUAGCCCUGAAAGUUACGACUUUGAGGAAAUCAAGACAGCCUGAAUUGUCUUAAAUACACUUUACUGAGGGAAAUGUGCUCUUACUCAAUGUGCUACAGAAUAGUACAGUCGGUGACCGAACCUGUAAUAUGUUAUAACUGGAAUUCUGAGAUACGUUUUCGAGUAAGUGGGAUUUUGAUGUUGAUCGUCGUGGAGCUUAAUCCCACGCCACGGCAGAGUUCCUGCCUUUGAAUGUCACCUGGAAAAAUUACACUCUGGAAAAAUAACUACCUAAUUAGCAUACGUUUUUCACUUCAUUUUUGAUACCCUUUUAAUUUGAAGUAUAGAAUAUGGGAAACGGACAGAAAUGUACUUGGUUUGUAACAAAUUACAUAUUUUUCAAAUUUUACCCUGGAGGUAAGGCUGUUUUAUCGGUAUUUAAGUUUUUUUUCGAUUCCCGAGCAAUUUUGAGUCCUAUCUGCUAUUGCGUUCGUGUUUAAAGUUUGUAGUCUAAAAGUUGCGUACUUUCCCUGUAAGGAAAAUCGCACAUUACCCCAUGUCAUUAAGCAGAUAAAAUAUGAGAAUAAUGAAACUUUGCAAUGGAUGUGGACUAUUUUGUAUAAUUUAUAAGGAGCACUGACAAACAGACAGACAAGAGAUUAUUUAAAUGGACAUUUCAUGGUUUUUAAGGUCUCAAUUACAAGUUUUUAAGACCAAAAUGUUCCUUUUCCUGUGCGAGAUUUGAAGAAGACGUGAUCUCCCACCAAAUGCGUGCGAGAAAGCAUAUUUUUGAUCAUGUUUUCUAUAUCAUAUACUGGAAUUUAUAAGGUUGGAAAUCAGUGGACAGAAUUCAUACUAUUUAAGCAGUAUUUUUCGUCGAGUGCCGACUUUACAGGUGGUUGAAAAUGAGCGCACUAAAAAGCCGGCAUGCUGGCGUUACUGAAAACAUUGGGUUUUUCUGCACGAUAAGUAGUAUUGCAACCCCAGCUAAGAGUCCUUUCUAGUAAAGAACACAUGUCAAAAUUUCGUGGAACAUUUAAUGAGAUCGUCGAUCUUCUGAACGCAAACUGUGGAAGUUCGGUUGCCUGAUCGCGUCUCAUGUUUUGUUAGCUGGCCGUUUAACUUUAUUAACCCUCUGCAGCCUUUCACCCAUCUAGAUUCUAAGGGACCAAUGUAUACGUCCGCUACUUGAUGCACGAAUUCGUUGGUGAUGAAUUCGCGGCAAUAGCAUGGGGAAAAUGUAUACUUAAACGGCACAUGUCACGAAUACGCGACUACGAAUAGAGUUAUCUGUGCGCUUCGCGUCCCCUACAUGUUUAAACUUUGCUAUUUUACAGACCAUUUAGCUUCAUAGUGUGUUCUUAGUUUGCUCAAAUUUAAAAUGCCCACUCCAAGAAACAAAAAAUAAAGAUAACGCAUUACCUCUUCAGCUUUAGGGCAAAAAAUUUUCCUUUUUCGUACAGGUUGACAGCCGCCAAGCCCGCAGUCUCCUCCGUAGUGGAUGCCGAUUUUGGAGAGUUCACCUCGGCCAAAUUCGAUGCCACAGCGUCAACUGCCCAAUCGACCAGUAGCGUCGCUAGCCAGCCUUUCGUUAACUUUGACUUUUCCCCGCAACCACAGAAUACCAUAUCUGUAAGUCCUCCCCCCCGCCCAUCAGCUCUUACUAUUUAUUAGGACGUCUCCUCUGCAGCAUCCCUCCCGCCAUUUUCUUUUCGUCACCUCCUUUUCACUUACUCCAGCAAUGUCUUACUGAUGCCGGUUCGUCGCACGUUUCAACAGCCAGCCUUACAGUUGUGCAUUGUGUCCUCUCGAGGCACCUGAACCGGUGCGUCAUUUUUAAGGCCUGCCUUGAUGGCUCCCGCAAAUGAAGCCAUCUGGGGCUUCUCGUUCGGCCUCUGUCUCGCUCGCUCCCCUACCUGCACAUGUGCGGCUGUGUAACUAGGUGACAAUGCCACAGGAUGCCUUUUUAGUACUCAGGUACUGAAAGGACUUUUUCGGCAGUUACUUUGAGAGAAAGGAACCCCCUUAAGGUGUGCGUUUAUGCGUUCUGUGUGUGAAUGGUAUGCAGAGGUGUCCUGAAGGGAACCAGCGCUGCAGGUGUAUGACUUGGUUCAUUUAAUCGACCACCCUCCGAAGGUUCACGUAAACUGGACUCGAAUAUUUACUUUGUAAGUGAUGUGAGUCUAAAUUGCAGCGUUUUGAACAAUGCCGCUGACGUCUGCUGGUGGUGGAGCACGUAACAGAGGUCGACGUCUUUGGUAAAUGUCACAUAAACUUUGACCGACGCGGGCAUUGGUUUCCUGCAACAUCGCUUGUGUUUUGAACUACAGUAAGGUAAAUUUACACACCAUCGGACUCACUCCUUCCCUCACCCGUAUUGAUGGAAUAAAAUGUCUAUGACAGUAAUAAUAGGGCACUGCUAACAAGUGGGCAUCCGCCUCUAUCGCGUGCAACACACUCGCUGGUCUUUCUACUUGCAGAAACCGGACUUUAAAUGCGUCACUUUUUAGGCUUCACUCAGCAGUGCCACCCGUGCUGUGUGCUCUAAGUAUGACAGUUUAUCAAGCCAGAUGCCCGAAAUUUGUCUGAUAACGGACUGUGAAUUCCCUUUUAGGCGUAAGACAAUAGUUCCGCCCAGUGGGAAAACCCAACGCACACAACAGCUCCUCGUCGUGAUCGAUGAUGGACACUUUGAUCGGACUGUGUUUGUGAUUCGGGUGACUGGUAGAAUGCUUUGAUGAUAGGUGUUCACUCUGGGGUGCUAACGAUGACUGUAGAAACAAUCAGUAGUGUUGGUAGGCUUUUUGUAGUGUUGAUUGCAUAAGGGUGUUCAUGUAGUAGUAGUAGUAGUAGUAGUAGUAGUAGUAGUAGUAGUAGUAGUAGUAGUAGUAGUACCAGUAGUGCCCAACAAAACUGUUGACUGCUGGGGCACCCCAGAAACGUUCGAGCGUUAGUUGCGUUGUUCCGCGACAUUUUGGCCCUGCGUUUUUACCUAUUCUUUUGUCUUCCUGCAUUUGGUUAUUACCGAAGAUCGCUGCGCUCUUAUACACAGCAGGUCGCCAUGCCACAGGCACGACAUUUCACCGUCGUGACUGACGAUAUCCACCAUGUGCGCCACGGCAGGGUGGGAGCAGGGACGGUGACUUGUGUGUGAAAUCGUUCAUGGCGAUAACGCACUUGCGCAGCGUUUACCGCACUCACCUCCCCAAUCUGGGUCCGGUGUCAUUACAGACUCAAGAAGACCGAAGGCGGGAGAGGGCGAAAACCCGAACCUAGGCGUACCACAACACCCCCCAUGGUCCGCAACGUAAACUGGCCAGGAUGUUACACAAAGGGGGGAGGGGCGGCGCCUCCGCAUGGGCGUGCCGUCACACUCCCAAUGUUGGCAUUUGUUAUGAGUGGGCAUUCACACGGGCGCCUGCCAGACCCCGAUCUAGCAUCCUUCCUAGUCCAGCACAUGUACCGCGUGGCCUGUUUUAGGGUCACUUGCCCCAGAUCCUGACGCACAUCCUUUCGAAUACACAGCUUACGGAGGCAGAGACAACCACUGAUCCUUCUUUAACGGAAUUAACUCGCAUAGGUGGCCUUAUCUGCCUUUGCAAGGGGAAGACCGCUCUCGUUAAUUUUGCACCUAGGCUAAGUUUACGCUUGGCAGCUUCCAUUACUUUUAUUCGCAUGUCUCAGUGUAUUGUUGGCUCUGUGUAAUUGUUAUUUAGGUCCAAAAUUAAAAACGGCGCAGCUUUUUUCUGCCUCCAUUUUGGACGGCGGUAUCACAAAUUUCGAAUAAAUCAAUCGCGCUAACACUCUUCAUCACUUCACACUGAGCGUCGGCGGCUUAGUUUUGUCCCUGAUGCAGCAAUUCUCCGUUCACAUACAGUAGAUGUGCUAACUCAUGAAAUGUUAACCCAAAUUCUGAAAUGCGUUUUCGACUCGAAAAGGUUACUUAAGUAGGGUUAUAAUACUAAUCACGAUGCGGCAUAAUCCCAUGAUAAUUCAGCUCCUUUAGAAUGACGACUUUUGAACGAACUCCUUUUCGGCCGUCUGCAAAAACUACAAUCUGUAAAAAUGACUACUUAGAUAGUAUGAAUUAUUCUCACUGAUUUCCGAUGCCAUUAGAAAUUCAAAUAUAUUUCAUAAAAAACGGGUAUAAAAAUAUGCAUUCUUUUACUUAUUUGGUAGAAAAUCAAAAACAAUUAGAAAGUUUUUUAAAAAUCUAAUUAUACAUUUCCUUCAAGUAUAAACUCUGAAGAAAUAAUUUUCUACCAAAUAAGUAAAAGAAUGAAUAUUUGUAUGCCCGUUUUCUAUGAAAUAAAUUUGAAUUUAUAAUGGCAUCGAAAAUCAAUGGGAAAAUUCAUACUACUCAAGUAAUAAUUUUUCACAGAUUGCAGUUUUUGCAGACGGCCGAAAAGGAGUUAGUUCAAAAGCCGUCAUUCUAAAGGAGCUGAAUUAUCUUGGAAUUAUGCCGCACCGUGAUUGGUAUUAUAACCUUACUUAAGUAACCUUUUCGAGUCGAAACGCAUUUCAGAAUUUGGUUUAAAAUUUCAUGAGUUAGCACAUCUACUGUAGGUAGUGCACUUCCGAUACACGCAAGUAUUUGGACCUCAGAAAGUAUUUAAGAAGGUGGCUCAAUAACUGAAGCAAGAACUUUAUUCACUCAAAUUUUCAGCCUCACUUCCAAUGCACAGGUUUGCCUGAUAUGAUGUAGUUGUUGGCAAGGCUACUGCUUCAAAGAACCAGGAAGAUUACUCUGUGCACUGAUAACCGAUCACACAUAAACGGUGACGUGGAUUGACGCUAACUCUCUAUUCGCGGCUCACUCGAAGGAUCCGGUCACAUCUUUAAUGCCAUCGAUGAUGCCAAAAUCUCUGCUAGAAGUGACGGCCGUUUCAGCCGCGAGCUGUUGGAAUUAUGUUUCUCUCGUCUGCACUCCACCAUAUUCAACGGUUUUUCCUCCCUAUUCAGCGUCCAGAGCCUGCCUGAACCGAGUAGUUAUUUAAGAGGGCAUCUUGUGGAGAAGCAGUGCUUGCAGUGACAGUGCUGGCGUGCACCGUUGCCGAGUAGUUGUCACAAAUAUCACCAACUUAGGUGGUGAAGUCACAGCAACCAAGGACUGAUGUGGGUGACCGAACAGUGUUUGCACAAAGUACGAUGAAUGUAGAAGCUGCUAAUAUUACUUGGCGUGCAGUUGCGUAGGAACUAAAUCCUAAAAAUACUACACCCCCGUGCGUGCGCCACCUUUAUCUGCUGACACGUUUGAUGGUGGGAUCUUCAGUGAAAGCAUUGUUGUUUCAGUGACCGAGUACAUUUCUUCCCCGCCGGACCUGCGCAUGAAGGCUACCUUCCUAUCUCGUCUGUCCACCGCGACCAUUAUUAUUCCCUUGUCACAGUCCACUCCUACCGUUUCCACAGUUUACUCGCUGUUACUAUGCCGACGCUAGUUUUGAGGGCCACUAUUGGUUGUUUUUAGCCCACAUGCUAUUGUUUUGUUUGGCUUCUGCCUAGGCGACGUCACUUGUAUGUCUAAAUUUGAGUUUAUUACAGUCCGGACGUCUGUUUAAGGGCGUUUUUGGGAACGAAGCGAUAUUCCCCGUCUUUGAUUUAAGCUUCGCUUCUUGCCACGUUUAUGGUAACUCGAUCAUCCAGCUUCCAUCUUUUCAUUCUGAUAUCGUCUACUAUGAUUUGAAGGUUAACUAGAUGCACCAACCUGCGUUUGCACACGACGCAGAUAAUCCACAGACGACGUCUGGCAGAUGGGCCAUAAGCACUUCACCAGGGUUGUGAUUGGCUGAAUGUAGGGUGGAAUAGACGCACUGACGAUCGGUAACGACUGUGAAACAGCUGUCUGCGUCUGGCUUGUUGCACUCUUAGUGAGCUGCUUAUGUAUUAUAUGUGGUAUGUGUCCUAUGAAAUAACGUUUGUUGUCGUCAUUAGUAAGGUGGCGGGCGGACAUAACGGGGUCGAAUGAGAUCUUAACCACAACAGUAAGGGUCAAACACUUACUUGACAUGUAUAUAUACCUCACUAUGACUUACCGAUGGUCGGUAACGACCUUGACACAACUGUCUGCGUCUGGCUUGUCGCAGUCUUAGUGAGCUGCUUAUGUAAUAUAUAUGCUGUGCGGCUACUGGUCGGGCUCUAGAGAGAGCCCGUAAGGCACAACGGAACGAGUGAGUUCCGUAAGAACGAUCUGUGAGCGUCCCCUACCAUUGUAUAUUCCCUAUCGAAACCGACAAGACAACGGGCUCGUGGCCCAGUGGUUAGAGGCGUGGACUUCUAACAAACAGGUCGCGAGUUCGAGGCUCGGGUGUUCCACACUUCGGGCUUGGGUAUGGCUGGCUGACGACGGCUAAUAGGCCAGAAAUGGCCAUUCCAGUCUCCCUUGUGUUUGUCGGUAAUAUCAUUCUGCCUAUAUAUAUAUAUAUAUAUAUAUAUAUAUAUAUAGUGGAUGGGCUAACUCAUGAAAUGUCAACCGAACUUCCGGAAUAAGUUCUCGUCUCCAAAAGAGUAAUUAAGUUGGGUUGUAGAACUAAUCAUCAUGCAGCAUUAUUCUCUAAUAAUUCAGUUACCUCAGGAUUCCGGGUUUUAAACCAACUGCUUUCUGGCUGCACGCAAAAAGUAUACUCCGCAAAAAGGACUACUUAAGUAGUACGUUUUUUCAUUGAUUUUCGAUGUCUCUAUAAAUCCAAAUAUAUUUCAUGGAAAACAUGCAUAAAAAUAUUAAUUUCUCGCUCAUUCGGUACGAAAUUACGUCUGCUUCCAACUUUAUAUUCGAAGAAAGGGUAUAAUUUCGUUUUAAAAAGUUUCUUAUUGUGAGAUUUUUUAAUUCCGUGAAGUAGCCGUUUAUAGAACUUCAUGUCUCCGCAUUAACCAAUGUGGCUUGUAAAGUUAACAUAAUGGCCAAAAUCCACUGCUAAAUUUUAUGAACCCCAUAUAUUCUCCUCUUAAUACCGUAGAGAAAUGUAUGAAUCUCCGUACGUGGAAAAUGCAUGGCUUGUAGUUUGGAAACUGAAUGCAAGUGUAAUGGGAGGUCGGGGAUCAAAAAUAGUCGGGAAUUGGAAAAGUUUUUGAAAAUUGAAUUAUACCCUUCCUUCGGGUAUAAAAUUAAGAGAAGACGUAAUUUCCUACCGAAUGAACAAGAAAUGAAUGUUUUAUGCAUGUUUUUCAUAAAAUAUAUUUGGAUUUAUAGAGGCAUCGAAGAUCAAUGAAAAAUGCGUGCUACCCAAGUAGUCAUUUUUUGCAGAGUAUAGUUUUUGGAUGCAGCCGGAAAUAAGUUCGUUCGAAAGCCCGCAUCCCGAGGUAACUGAAUUAUUAUAUAAUUAUGUUGUACGAUGAGUAGUUUCACAACCCUACUUAAUUAAUCUUCUCGAAACGAAAACUUAUUUCGGAAUUUCCGCGGACAUUCCAUGAAUUAGCCCACCUAUUGUAUAUAUGUGGCAGAUGUCAAUACCGUACCCCCGGACAUAGGUAGAAUUACGAAACACAACACUUAAUUUGCAGACGUGUCACUUUAUGUUAACGCCAGUCACUUGUCCAAGGACGCCUUCAUUUACUUCUUGGGGCCGGUCCCAUCAACUCACAUUAACUUCAUUCCAGCAUGGUAAGGAUAUUUUUGCUCUGAUUGAAUACACACUAACCCUUUCAACCCUCAACCUAACGGCACUUGUUUUGAAUCCACGACUUCUUUUUUACCCUCAUAUGUUUAUUCCCCUUAUUUUUAUCUUAAUAUUGUAUCCAGAAACUCCAUUCACCGCCAAAGUUUGUGGUGUCUUUAUGUCUGGGCAGUUGUCGAUCUUUCACUGUCGUUCUUUCCAUUCUAACUUAGCUACAUUCGGACGGUCAGUUGGCGCCAAGCCCGGUAACACCUCUAGCUACCCCCACUUCCAUCCCAAAGACUGUCCCUCCCACUUCUGGUGCUUCAAAAGCGGAAAAGCCGUCUUUGGGAAAACUGUGGCAGGACUUUGAUUCCAUGUCCAUUGAUCUGGACCUGCGGCACAAGAGCGCCCCCACCAAGCCGUCCGCUCCGAGUCUGCGGCAGCUCCAAAAUCAGAAAAUGACAAACAGUUUGCAAACCUCGUCCACCGCCAGACUCCCUCAAGCUCCAAUCGGUAAGUUUUUCGAGCCGUUCUACGUACUCAGGUUUUCAUGGGGUUUUGAAGUACGGUACUUGUAGAUUUGCCCACUAGUUUGACUUCUAAGGGGCAUACGCGUUCUCCACUUGGGGAGAUUUGUGCUCCUGUUUUGUAGAUUUGCGGGAGAUGUCGCCAGGUGCUUGUUGCCGAUAGAUAACAGGCACUUCAUAGAACCGAGCUUUAUCAGUUAUCUCGCUGCUUCCUGUCCCAUGUGCUGGCCGGCGUUAUGAAUGCAUCGCUGCGGGCCCAUUCCUGUUUGAAUGAAUAUCUUAUCAACAGCGUCAGAGAAUUCCCGGUAGCGGAAUGCUCUCGUGGAUUUUGGUUCGAUGAAGUGCUUAUGACCCAUUUGGUAGGCCCCGUCUGUGGGCCAUCUGCGUCGUGUACCUGGGCAUGUUUGAGCUUCUGUCCCCGGACAGUAGUUAGCGUUAUAAUUGGCUGCAUAAAGGCAGAAUAAAACUAUGGUCAACCAGCUAAACCACCGUUCUAGCGUCAAGAACAAUGGCAGUGCGGAGGUUGAUCCCUAGACACGCGACUAGCUGACCAUAGGAUUCGUUUUCAUAAUCUGUUAAACCGGAGGCCUGCUUUUUUCCACAAGAAUGCGCGUGCGUCGCACGAGUAAGUUGAACCGUUGUAAAACGUCCCUUUCGGCUUGAUCUAGUCCUGCCAGUGGUCCAUAAUAGGAUAGGGAUGAACGAAGUUGGUUCGGCAGGACACUUAACCAAAUAAAUACUCUUAUGCGCGCUUACGUAACACGGAGCUCUAGAAUGUGUGGCUUAAAGGGUUGCCAACUGGCGGAAGAACACGGUCACUGAAUCUGAGUACCAAACUGCUGCGGCUUGUAUGGCAAAUCAUCGACGUGAGGUUCGAGCGAAUGAAGUCUGGUUUGUGUCAGUUGAACGGCCAGGAUGUUUAUGACAUACUUUACUUCAAAUCGGUCGCUACCCGUUCUCAUCCGUCGAAGGUGCGAUGGUUUGACAAACGACAAUUCGCAAAUCACAGGUAAGGAAAGAGAUUAGGUUGGACGAGCUUCACUGAUGCGAGAGAGUGUACUAGAGGUGCAGCAAACACUUUUCAUGAGCCCUUCUCAGGCGUGUCUGUGCCUGCCGUUGAGGUUGUUAGCCCCAAGGGCGUGUAUAUGCUGUGUCCGUUUGCAGCCAAUCAGCGACGGAGCUUCGAGCUCUCGCGCGGCUGCAUGACAAAGCAGUGGCGGUGCCGAUCGCGGACUGCCACACACCCCAUCGACCUAGCAAGUAGCAUCAUGUGCAUCACAGUGUUUAAAUUAGACCUCGAUCACACCUCAACAGUCAAAACAAAGAAAGGUUGUAGUUACCACUAGCUGUUAAGUCUAUAAAGCUACCGUUCGAGUCAUUCUUCUGUAUAGUUAUGCAUACAGAACAGUGGGAGGCUAAAGAGGGAAAUAGAUUAGGUGAUCCCGGCGUCCGUUGCCUAGGAAAGAUUCCACGGGCACAACAUGACUCACUUCUCUGAAACAAUGUGCUGUCCGACACCGGACGCUGCUUUGAUAGCCAUCAGGGAAAUGUCCGACGUCUUCCCCAUUUGCCACCUGCGAGGUCUUGUUUGCGUCAGUCAGUAGAUCAAAAUUAGUAUGUUCGAAGAGAUUGCGGCCAGCAAGGUACUCUCAUUCAGGGCUCGGCACCCUAGACGGUUUAUUUUCAGGUCUUUUAUUACGUCGUAAAUUUUUUAACGCACAAACACCGAUGGUUUGGCAUCGACACACCCAGGUUGUCACUAUGCUAGUUUGAUUUUGGGUCGCAGACAUUUUAAUACUUGCACCAAUACAGCCAUCAAUGGUUUUUUUAAAGAAAACAUCUGAAUUAUGAGCGCUUCGAAUGACAGAGCUGGGGCCUGUGAUUUUGGCAUGGCUCUACCUUAAACCCCUAAACACAACUGAGUAUCAGGUUCAUGGUGGUCUCUUUGCCCGUAAAACUGAAGGUUGCUUUUCACGAAAUAUCAGCAGUACAUUCGUUUGCCGCGACUUAAUCUAUAGAAUGUGUUCUAGUUAAGCAUUUAAACUUGACACCAGACUCAUAUGCUUGUUAAUUUCCAUAGAAAUUAACUGCGAACUUGGAGUAGAUCAGUAUAUUUAAGGUCUAUAGGCUCAGUCCGAAGCUUUUAUGUACGAAUAUUUGGGCCGAGGUCCAUCAGCCACAGCAAAUAACCGCGUAAUAUUCAUUAACUGCCGACGGGCAACUGGUAGCAUAAUAUAGGUUAAGUUGAAAUGCAAUGGCAUGGAAUCACCUUACCCUAAAGACGCAUAUGCCACAAUUUUUGCAUGUUUGAACACGGUGGAGGUAGGCCUGGGGGGGGGACAUGGAGCUGUCUUCAGCCUUUGCUGACUUACGCUAUUGACUGAGCUGCCGAGUAAUUUUCUUGGCUUCCCGAUCUCACUUAUGUCACCCGCCGAACUAUCAAAUACUCAAAAACUAAAGCAUUACUUUGUCCCUGCAGGACACUUCAAGCAAAAAUACCUGAUCUUCCAACUUGUUAACCUUUUUCUCUUGUGUCCUUUUUAGUGGCUGAGAUGUCCGGAAAGUCAUCAAAACUGGCGGUAGGAGACAACUUAAACGACUUAUCCUUCUUUGAGUAGACAUACCUCUGA